AGUUUGUUCAAAGCUUUAGCUUUAAUGUGGGUAUUUAACUUUAUUGCGAAAGGCAGCAAUCGGAAGUGGCAUUUUUAACUGUAAACCUUUCAGCAGCAACUUACCUUGAUUUCUUCGCGUUCACAACAAAAUGGAUUGGAGCAAAGGUGGCGAUAUUCAUAGUCAUACGCAUGACAGCUGUCACCAUGGACAUUCAGGUCAUUCACACAGUCACGGGCCCAGAGAAGCAGCAUUUAGCAGGAUGGGACUUCCGUCCGUACCUUCUUUUCACGGACAGUUUGGUAACAAUGCAGAUGAGGCCUUGGAUCUCAGUCAACAGCCAAAGAAGCGAUCGCACCUGGAUGACAGCAGCAGCUGGGACAUAGUGAAGGCAUCACAGUUUGGCAUCUUGGAUCGCUGUAAGGAGCUGGUGGAAGCUGGAUACGACGUCAGGCAGCUAGACAAAGAAAAUGUGUCGCUGUUGCACUGGGCGGCCAUCAACAAUCGCUUGGAACUGGUCAAGUAUUACAUUUCUAAAGGGGCGAUAGUUGACCAGCUUGGAGGAGACCUGAACUCUACACCUCUUCAUUGGUCCAUAAGACAGGGCCACCUUCCCAUGGUCAUUCAACUGAUAAGAUAUGGCGCAGAUCCCUCCAUUGCAGAUGGAGAAGGUUAUCGCGCUCUUCACCUUGCCAUCCUCUUCCAGCACAUGGCUAUAGCAGCUUAUCUUAUGGCCAAGGGACAGGAAGUUGAUGGACCUGACUGCAAUGGACAGACGCCUCUGAUGUUGGCAGCCCAGAAGAUUAUUGGGCCUGAGCCCACGAAUUUCUUGAUCAAAAACAAUGCUUCUGUGAGCGCCGUGGACAAAGUGAACAGAAACACUCCCCUUCACUGUGCUGUGCUGGCGGGGAACGUUGAUGCUGCAUAUGUCCUGCUGGAGGCUGGAGCCAGCUUGGAUCUAGAAAACAUCAAUGGUCACACACCUCUCGAGCUCGCCCACCAGGUGCACAGCCCCCUACUUAUUUACAUGCUCAACCAAGUCAAGCAGGAGAGGAUACGCGCCAACUCGCGCUGUUUACGAAUUAUCACCAAAUACAAAGUGUUUCUGCAGUUUUUGCUUUCUACUGCCAUGUUUGGAUGUUUGGCUGCCAUAUUGGAUAUGAAUUCGGACUCCUGGUUGCUCAAAGGGAUCCUGCUAGUAUGCGUGGUUGGUGCAGUCAGUUUGGCUUCAAGGAAUUUCCCGAGUGCAGUGUUUCAGUCACUUCUACCGGCUACAACUCUCAUGGCCUCUAUCUUCUGGAUGGUUGUCACUUGGUGUUUAUGGUUCCUGCCAGAUGGUCACAGCGCCACAGUCCAGGUUCUUUUCACUCUCAACGCCACAGCUCUGCUCUACUACUACUUUCGUGCGUGCAGGACUGACCCAGGCUUUGUCAAGGCUACUGAAGAAGAGAAGAAAAUGAAUGUAUUGUUGUUGGCUGAGGCUGGCUGUCUGGACCCCAGUAUAUUCUGCACCUCGUGCAUGAUAAAGAAACCAGUUAGAGCCAGCCACUGCCAGAGAUGUGAUGCCUGUGUAGCGAAGCAGGACCAUCAUUCUGUUUGGACCAACACCUGCAUUGGUGCCAGGAACCAUCUUUACUUCGUCCUCUUCUUGCUCUCUUUGUUCCUGAUGGGUGUCUGGAUGUUCUACGGUUGUCUCGUGUACUGGUCAACACAUUGCAUCGUGCACUAUGAGCAGCAGGGUCUGGUGGGAGGGGCCUUUGCCGUGGUCGACUGCUCCCCAUGGUUGCUGUGCAUCUUCUUGUUAGCUUUGUAUCACACCUGCUGGUCCAGCUUCAUCCUGCUCCUGCAGCUCUACCAGAUCGCAUUCCUCGGACUGACCACAGCCGAGAGAAUGAGCCUAAUGAUGCACGCGAGAAAACAUGGACAAUCCUUGUCCUUCUCCCAAAAUCCAUACAAUUUGGGCAUCGUGAGGAACCUGGUGUCCUUUUUCCAGCUCCGAUGCUGCGGCCUCUUCAAACCGGCCGUCAUCGACUGGACACAACAGUUCCCUCCAGGCUGUGACCAGCGCUUGUUCAGACACACGGACAUGGUCUGACGCUAAGGGGAGACCUUACCAAUGGCUUUGGACCAAAAUGAGCAGUGUAUUUAUUUUUCUAAAGGCUCAUAGUCAAGUGAAACCACUCCAAUUGUUGGGGGUGGGUUAAAAAAUGUGACUAUUUUUUGCUUUUUGUACAGCCUGCUGCUGCCUUCUGACCUGUGGAAGUCAAACAAAUCACUUGCAAAUGUAUUGCAGAAAUGUAUAGCAGUUAUUGACCUUUUGGGCUCUAUUUUCAUAGACUGCGCAACAUGUGCCGUAGCGCAAAUAAUGCGCAUCUUGAUAGGCGUGCCAGCGCAAGGUUUUGCUGCAUGUGUUAGCCAUUUUGACAAACCAGUCUGCCCCCAGUUGGGUAUUUUUUGGGGGGGUUAGUUAUCAUUUUACUUGUUUUCAAUCCACCGACUGGCUGAUACACUGUGACGGGGGGUGGCGGGAGGAAAGACAUACUGCAUUUAAAUUGCACACGGUUAGUAUAGCGCCAGCUCAUCCUGUAUUUAAUUGCAUUGUCUUAUCACUCAAGUGACAAUAGCACAGAUGCCUCCCUCCAUGCAUUGGUUUGGUAAACCUGGGGUUGUAAGUUCAUAUCCCACUGGGGCCUCCACUCUCUGAGAGGGGUUACGUCAGGUUACUUACCUAAAUGAAUAGGCCACUUUGAUUCGCAGACAGUAAAGUCAACAGUGUUUCACCCAUGAGUGCAGACGGCCCUCGUUUCGCUGCACGAUUAUGACAACUCCAUCUAACCUCCCCCCUAGCAGAAAUGUGCUGUGCACCGCGCAGGUCGUGCGCCAGUCAGGACAAUAGAGCCCCCGACUGUGUUCACAAGGCAAUCUUAUUUUUUUAAACAUGCUCCCUGAGAGAAAAGAUCUUUCUAUGUGCUAAGUCUUGUUUUGUAAGGAUGAAAGGUGUUUCAUAAUGAAAUGCCACUUCGAUACUUAAAUAAAGCAACUUGUGUAUUCUUA